AUGUCCACCGCCUUCCCUCAGGGUUUUGUCCAGGCAGACCGCCUGAUUAGACGCCGUUAUGUCCAGAUCCCAAGGAAGCAGAAGGACCUGCUGGAGAGGCCUGACGCCUGGUCAGAGAACCUCAGCCAUGGGCCCCGUGGCAUGAUCAAUGUCCCUCCAGAGGUCCUCCAAGAUGUCAAGGACUUCCAUGCACGCAAGCAUUCAAAGUUGGCACAACAACCAAACUUCUCCCGGCCCGCCUCUUCAGCUGGCUCAGUCGCACCGCCCAAGUCGAGCAGGUCGAAGCAACCGUUGUUCAGCCCCAGACUCGGCCAGGACGACCAAGCUGGCGAUGAUGAAGCCACGCAAUUAUCCUGGUCUCCCUCUCCAUCUCGUUCUCCGCCAGGUGGUCGCCCGGUUCAACCUACCGAACAGCCGGGGCUGGCGUCACCGCCUAGAAAUCAGCCGGCCUCCCAGUCAACUUUACUGAAGAUGAAGACACCGCCUAUAACCUUGGGCGUCGGUCCUCCAAGCAGCACCGCGCAGAGCGAUGCAUUGCCGUAUGAGCCUCUCUCGAUUCUGGGCGAGGAAACACACCCACCAGUCAAUCGAGGUGCAAAUCCAGUCGCAGCAACGCAGUCAAUUCUGCCAGCGGCCACACCUCCAUCUGCUCAGGGGGAAGUCAUCCCAAGCACUUUCAUGAAUACAGGGCAAGUCGGUAGUGUGGCAGCACGCCCUUUCAACAAGCGGAGGCGUAUAGAAGACGUAGAACUGUCAGACAAAGAGCAUGACACAACGGUGGAAACAAGGCCGCCGCCCCAGUCCGGUUCGAAGCCACGAUCCGUGGCGCCUCACAAAGACCGUGAUACUUCAAGCGCCAGUGUCUCCACGCCUUCAUUUCCUUCUCAGGCUGCUGUAGAGCAGCACCAGCAUAGUGCUCUUCUGCAGACAGCGUCCGCGGUAGAUUCCAACGAGCAUAGCUCGUCUCAUUAUACACCAACAUACGAAGGUCGGCCUCGCGGUACUUCGACACAGCAGAAAAACGUCCUUCGACAGACCGCAUCCGGAUCUUCCAUGGCCCCGGCCCCGGCCCAGCCCCCGGCGGAACCAACUGGUUUGGACCUUGUCAAAGAAUCCCAGCUCCACGUUGGAAAUACCAUCGGUCAACGCACGCCGUACGAGGAGUUCAAGGCGGCAUACCCGGACUAUGAAGAAAGCACCAGAGCCUUCAUAAGGGCAUGCCUAGCUGUUGAAAGGCUAGAGAGUGAACGGGCACUCCCGGAGUUUCUGUACGAUGACUUUGUUCGAGUGCACUCAACAGUGUACAUGGACUACUACGGAGAGGCACAGAUCAGAAAAUACAAUGAGGUGCUCAAGGCCACGCAGUGGUAUAAUGAGAAUGUCAAGGACAUGGUCUACACCAAAAAGAUCAUCCGAAGAGACAAUCUGUCUGAAGUCUUGAAGGCACAUUCAACUGCAGUGCGUCAAAUCAGGGAAUCCAUUCGAGCAGCAAUCGAGGCUCCUCCGUCGACUGAUGAUGCCAAUUCGAAUCAUGAGAGUGAUGAAGACAUGGCAGAUGAUGGCGAGCAGGUUCAAGGAGAGGAGUUGGGAUCAGACGAGUCUGAGCCAGAGGAUAUUCCUGGAGCAAGGCUGUCGCCAGAAUUCCACGUUCCCUCUCCGGGGCCAGCGGUAACCGCGAGACCCGCUAUGGUUGAGAAUGAUGAAUUGGGGGAGAUAGGCGAGCCAGCUGGGCCAUUACCCGCUCCUUCUCGAAAGACGCAGCAUGCCGGAACAGCGGAGGAAGGUCAUUUGGUUAAGUCGCCCCUAGACAACAUAGCUGCACCCGAGGAUUCCCACAGGUCCAGGGCUUCCCCUGAGCUCAGCUUUCACGAGCCGGAAGCAGUUCUGGACGGAGCCGCCCCUUUGAAAGAGGUCACCCAAGGGUUCGAGAGGACGCCUCCCGGCAGGAGAUCCCCGAAGCCAGGCCAGAGUCGGCGCGACGCACCCACACCUGCUAAUUCCACACCGAAGUCAGGAACUGGCCAGAGGAAGCUUCUGGCACCACUUCCAUCUUCGACGCCAUCAAGUGUCACGGGCAGUUUUAAUAGGCCAGCCAAGGACAAAGCAAUAUCUCCCCCGACCCGAAACACGGCAAGGCAGAGCUCGCCAGCAUUCAGGUCACAGGCCGAGUCUUCUGAUGAAGAAUCAGACUCAUUUGAUCCGCCCGUUGCGAAAGCAGUGAUACCACCGUCGAGGGCAGCAGAAAGCGACGUGCCAGCAUUCCUGACACAGGCUCAAUCAGUAUAUGAGAUACCGGGCACGCCCGACCGGCUGUCCGAAGAGCCCAUGCCACCACCACCUCCGCAGUCCGUGGAAAGGACUCGUGCAGCACCCCAGCCUCGCAAGGCCCCAGGGCAGACGGGAUCAACUGCGACGACAGCCACCGCUCUGAAGCCGGAUGAAGCGGUUCAGAAGAAAGUGCCUGCCCGCGAGGGAGCUGCGUCCCGACUAUCGAUCAGCUCGAGCAUGGGAGCUAGAAAUAGCCCGGCACCAUCGGACAGGUCCCGUGCCAGCGUGCCUUGGUUCAAGAAGCGGGUGGGCGAGACAGACGAGGAACGGAGCAAGAGGCUCAAGGAGCACAUCAGGAAGAGGCUGUCGGGAAAGACGCCUCAGUCGACCCCAGCAAGCACAAAGUAG